CGGGGCCGCUCAGGGCUUGGGGAAGGAAAGUAGAGGGGGAGGUGGCGGCGACGUCCAGCCUGAGAACCCUCGGAGAGGGAGGUGACGGGACGCUGCGAGGAAGAGACCUGGGAACUUAAGUCACUUGCAGAGUACCCUGGGGAUUGCAGCUACUGAGCAGAGAUUCUGGAAAACAUUGUGUUCCUGAGGCCCCAGCAUGGCGGGCCUAAAGCGGCGGGCAAGCCAGGUGUGGCCAGAAGAGCAUGGUGAGCAGGAGCACGGGCUGUACAGCCUGCACCGCAUGUUUGACAUCGUGGGCACCCACCUGACACACAGAGAUGUUCGUGUGCUUUCCUUCCUCUUUGUUGAUGUUAUUGACGACCAUGAACGUGGACUCAUCCGAAAUGGACGGGACUUCUUACUGGCACUGGAGCGCCAGGGACGCUGUGACGAGAGUAACUUUCGACAGGUGCUGCAGCUGCUGCGCAUCAUCACUCGCCAUGACCUUCUGCCCUAUGUCACCCUCAAGCGGAGACGGGCUGUGUGCCCUGAUCUUGUAGACAAGUAUCUGGAGGAGACAUCAAUUCGCUAUGUGACCCCCAGAGCCCUCAGUGAUCCAGACCCGAGGCCUCCCCAGCCCUCUAAAACAGUGCCUCCCCAUUAUCCUGUGGUGUGCUGCCCUACUUCGGGUCCCCAGAUGUGUAGCAAGCGGCCAGCCCGAGGGAGAACCACACUUGGGAGCCAGCGUAAGCGCCGGAAGUCAGUGACACCAGACCCCAAGGAAAAGCAGACAUGUGACAUCAGACUGCGGGUUCGGGCUGAAUACUGCCAGCAUGAGACUGCUCUGCAAGGCAAUGUCUUCUCCAACAAGCAGGACCCACUUGAGCGCCAGUUUGAGCGCUUUAACCAGGCCAACACCAUUCUCAAGUCCCGGGACCUAGGCUCCAUCAUCUGUGACAUCAAGUUCUCUGAGCUCACCUACCUCGACGCAUUCUGGCGCGAUUACAUCAAUGGCUCAUUACUAGAGGCACUUAAAGGUGUCUUCAUCACAGACUCCCUCAAGCAAGCUGUGGGCCAUGAAGCCAUCAAGCUGCUGGUGAAUGUGGAUGAGGAGGACUAUGAGCUUGGCCGACAGAAACUCCUGAGGAACUUGAUGCUGCAAGCAUUGCCCUGACCUUUUCCUCUCCUCACCUCUCUGGGAGCUGUUCCCACCACCCACCUCUGGAGCUUACAUACUGUUCUGGGGUUUGUUCUCUACCCUUCCAACCAAUCACACUGCAUUUUUUUUCCAAAGGAAAAGACAAAGGAAAGUGGAAGUGGUAUUCCCCACCCCUCCCUGCACCCAUGUGCCUGGGCUUCCCAUUUCCUGUUUCCAAUUACCCUCUAAUGUGUGUCUCUACAGCCACCUUACCACUGAGCCGUAAGACAAAUGUAUAGGGAUAAAGUCUAUAGAACGUAGUCUUUGUAAGGGAUUGAAGUGAACACUGCUUUUGGGUGCAUCGAGGGGUUGUCAAUACUUCUGGCUUUAUGAGGGCUCUUAAAUUUUGUCUGGGAAAAAAAAAAAACAAACCAAAGGGCUGUGAGUAAGGGAGCUGUGUGGAAGGUGGGACUCGGAAGUGUAUUUUGGAAAUUAAUCACCACCUUCUUCCAAAUUAUAGAAUUUUUUUAAAAACAAAGAAGCUGUGGCCCUCUCCGCUUUCUCCUGGCCUCUGGUGCUGCUCCUCUCUGCCUUCUUUCCUCCAUUCCAUGGCUUGAAACUGUUGCCUGGUGUGGCUCCUUCCUUUUCUCUUUGUCAAACCCUCUUCAAGGGAGCAACAGAUAGGAGGAUAAGGUCAGCCUAAUAACUCUCCUAACUGCUGUGUGUGUGGGUGUGCGCGCGUAUGCACACCCAUACACAGGUUCGAUGGGGUAGAGGCUGCUCAUUAAAGUACACUCCCCUGACAGAGGGGAGUGAGACACUUCCAUUUUCAUGUGAAAUAAACAACAAACACUGCAGCUUUUUUCCCUUUGCUUUCUUCUGGCUUGGGCAAAGGGCACCAUGGGAGAAAGUGAAGUAAUUCAGUAUCACUUCCUCCUUUUCCUUCCUUCUUUUCUACUUUACUCCUACUCCUGUGCCUGGGAGAAAGGGGCUAGGAUAUGCACUGAGUGUUGCACUUUUUUUUUAGGUAGGGAGGUAUGUUGAAUGAGCCAGGAGACCUAGAACUGGAGCCUUGUCCAGCAGGUACAAUGCCACCUCCCCUUCCAGCUCCCAAAGGAGAUGUCCAGACACAGAUGUUGUUAUUAUUAUUAUAUUUUUUUCAAUGCCAGUGCUGCUCAGCCCUCAGCAUAACUUCAGUUUUCAUGAAAUAAACAGUGACUAUAUGAAA